UAAACGACGCCAUUGUUAUUUGGUAUUUCUCUUUUCGGGUUUAUAUAUUCUCUGAGAAAAUUUAUUCGAACUGCGAAUACUGUUCUUUCAAUAGCAACGCUCAGCUCACUCAUUCUGCUCCAUCUUUGCCAUUGAACUCAUUGACCCAGAAAGAUAUGAAUAAUCAGAUAACAAAUGUAUACAUAUGGGACAUGGAUGAAACCCUUAUAUUGCUCAAGUCUUUGUUGAAUGGUUCUUAUGCUGAGGCUUUCGCCGGUUUAAAAGAUGCUCAGAAAGGUGUUGAAAUUGGAAAGAUGUGGGAGAAACAUAUUCUUCAAAUUUCUGAUGAUUUUUUCUUCUAUGAGCAAGUAUGUCUUGAGAUUGAAAACUGCAAUAAGCCUUUCCUUGAGGCCUUGAGCAAAUAUGAUGAUGGGCAGGAUCUGUCUGAUUAUGAUUUUAAUCAAGAUGGUUUUAGUCCUCCACAUGAUGAUCUCAACAAAAGGAAACUAGCGUACAGGCAUCGAAUCAUAGCCAACAAGUAUAAACAAGGUUUACACAAUAUUUUGGACCAGGAGAUGAUGGAUGUCUGGGAUGCAUUGUACAAAAUGACCGAUGAGUAUACAGAUGGGUGGCUUUCCUCUGCACGGGCACUCCUGGAGCAGUGUUUAGCUGGGAAUGAAGAUCCUACCAUUUGUAAUACCAUUGCUGGUGGGGUUGUCAGAUCUAAUGCUACAGGGUCCCGGCACAUAAAUGUUUUGGUGACUUCUGGGUCUUUGAUUCCUAGCCUUGUUAAAUGUCUACUCUUUCGACUUGACAAUUUGAUAUCGCAUGAAAAUGUUUACAGUUCAUGGGAUGUAGGGAAACUACAAUGUUUCCAGUGGAUCAAGGAACGUUUUGACAAUCGAAAUACCCGCUUUUGUGCAAUUGGAGAUGGAUGGGAAGAGUGCGAGGCUGCACAAGCCAUGAAUUGGCCUUUUAUCAAGGUAGACCUCCGGCCCAAUAGUUCUCACAGGUUUCCAGGCCUCACACUUAGAACAGUAGGUUUCUAUUUCUCUAUUGUGUAUAGGAACCCUGAUUCAGAAAAUGAUGAUGACUAAACCAUAAAUUUUUUUUUGUACAUAAAACCAGAGUUCAAACAUGUGGAACCUGCAUGUCUGAACAAAUAGUAUUGUUUGUAUAAGAGGAACCUCGGCUGCCUCUUAGGCUAUGUAUUGAUUGUAUAAUGACUAAUAUCUGGCAAUUUUCUUCUGGAUGCUGCCAUUAUACCUUAUGCUAAAAUGACAUACAUUUUCAUGGAA